AUGAUGUCCUUUCGAGAUCUUCUUCCUCUAACUACACGGAGAUACAGAUAUGAGAGGUACGAUCAAUGCCUUGAGAUCCUUAACCAAGAGUGUGACAGAUUGGAACGUGAGGAAGAUGCGCUCGGAUGCACCUAUAGCCCGUAUUUCAUUAUGGAUAUUGACGAACGCUCCUUCCGUGAGUGUUUUGUCAAUUCGGAGGAUAAUCUACUGACGCUAUCAUGGGACAUCUACGAUCAUGUCUUUCAAUCUGCUCUGUUGAGAAUGCAGUCCCGACCCCAUGCCGUUGCCGUCGGAACGUUUAAUAACAUCUUCUCUGCCUGGGCCAGAAGAGUGGCCGAGCCCCAUCUCCUCUCGAUAAAUGCAAGCAAUGUCCGCGGGCAGACCCGAAGCAAACAGUCUGAUAUCUCUUGGAGCCCAAGAGACAUGCCAAAUGGCCGAUCGCAUAAGUGGCCCACUCUCGUUGGCGAGGUUGCGUGGUCGGAACCUCGCACCAAGCUUCAAAAAGACAUCGAGUUCUGGCUGGACGAUCCAAACAGUGAUGUGAAUGUUGCCAUCACCAUUAGUAUCCUCCGAAGGAAGAUAAUAGUGGAGAGCUGGGAAAGGCGCCAUAACAAGCCUCCAGCGCCCAGCCAAAGAAUUGAAAUUCUCCGCAACCCCCGUCCAGGCCGUCCUCGUGUCAAUGGCCAGCUAGAGAUAAAUUUCUCUGCUGUCUUUCUACGGCCUAAGAGAGCCGGGGAGAGCGAUUUUGUUCUGACGGCAACAGAUAUGGACGAGCUUGCAGCUGAUAUCUGGACAUACCAAUACCUCAAUUGA